UACCUAUUUUGCAGAAUUCAUAAUUUAAGAACGCAUUCCAAUCAGUUUGCCUAUGGUCUACAAUUCUAGUCUAUGGCACAUUGAGUAUCUUCCUUUUCCGGUUCUGCACUAAAGCUGUAACCAUGCCGCUCGCAAUUGAUUUGCUUCACCCUUCACCCGCGUCGGAGAGGAGGAAACACAAGCUGAAGAGACUGGUGCCACAUCCUAAUUCAUAUUUUAUGGAUGUGAAAUGCCCAGGCUGUUACAAGAUCACAACGGUUUUCAGUCACGCACAGAGGGUGGUCGUAUGCGCAGGUUGUUCCACAAUCCUUUGCCAGCCCACCGGAGGACGUGCUAGAUUAACCGAAGGAUGUUCGUUUAGGAGAAAACAACACUGAAAAGUCCUGGAGAGAGAGCCCGUAAUUUAAGUUUUUAUUUCCAAGAGUAUGAAGGAGUGAUAUUUUACAAAUUCAUUAUAUGGAUCCAUUAAAGCGUUAAUAAAGGCUUUUUCAAAGGGA